AUGGUGGUCGAUGCAAUGAAACCUCACGUUGUUGUUCUCCCGAGUCCAGGAAUGGGUCACGUGACACCCAUGUUGGAGCUCGCCAAGCGCCUCGUCCUCCACCACAACUGUCACGUGACAUUUCUUCAUAUCAGCACCCAAGCAUCCGUCAACGAAAUCCGCAUGCUUCACUCCUCCUUCAACCACCUCCCUCCCGGCCUCAAUGUCGUUGAUCUUCCACCUGCUGACGUCUCCGCCAUAAUAUCUGACGACACUUCUGUGUUCUCCCACCUUUGCAUCAUCGUACGUGAAAGCCUUCGUUGCCUUAAAGACACACUCUUGGACAUGCAAAACCCUCAAGCUUUUAUAACCGAUUUGUUUAGCACCCAAACGUUGGAUAUCUGCAGGGACCUUUCUAUUCAUUCCUACAUUCUCUGCACUACUUCAGCCCUCUUUCUUGCCUUCUCUUUCUUCGACUGUCGAGAGACUCAACGUGACGUUUCCGUCGAGUUUCUUCACCUUCCAGGUUGCGCACCGCUCAGAACUGAGGAUGUGCCGCCGCUCUUGAACAACGGUGAUAAUGAAUGGUUUUCUUAUCACAUUUGUCGUCUUCCCAUGGCUGAUGGGAUUUUCAUCAACACAUGGGAGGAUCUCGAACCGGUUCCGAUUCGAGCUAUCCGGGAACAUCCUUUCUACAAACAGAUACACACGCCGCUGGUUUACUCGAUUGGACCGCUUGUGAAAGAAACUGAACCGGUCACCCAAACCGGAGAAGAAUGUCUGGCUUGGCUUGACAAGCAACCUGCGGAGUCUGUUCUGUUUGUUGCACUCGGUAGCGGAGGACAUCUAUGUGCGGAGCAGCUCACUGAGUUAGCAUGGGGUUUGGAACUGAGUCGGAAACGAUUCCUAUGGAUGGUACGUACCCCAACGAAAGUGAAUACAGGAAUGAAAAGUUUCUUCGAUGUUGGUGUCGACGUGAACGAUCCCAAAUCAUACCUGCCAAAAGGGUUUAUGGAAAGAACUAAAGAGUUGGGGAUGGUGGUUCCGUCAUGGGUCCCGCAGAUGUUGGUGUUGCGCCACCACUCCACUGGGGCAUUUCUGUCUCACUGUGGUUGGAACUCUGUGUUGGAGAGUGUGAGUCAUGGCGUGCCCAUGAUUACAUGGCCUCUUUACGCCGACCAGAUGCUGAAUGCUACAAUGAUUGCAGAGGAUAUAGGUGUGGCCAUCAAGCCGGCGGUGGAGGCAGGGAGGAGGGUGAUCGGAAGGAAGGAGAUUGAGAGAGUGGUGAGGGCUGUGAUGGAAGGUGAAGAAGGGAAAGCCAUGAGAGGUAGGGCCAACGACCUCAAAGAAAGUGCAUUAAAAGCUAUUAACUUUGGUGGGACAAGCUUUGAGGCACUUGCUGACGUAGCUAACCAAUGGAAGGUCCUCAUUUGA